CAGAGAGAAUGUCCUCAUCAUUUAUCAAGUCAGACGUGUCACCAUCUACACUACUGAGUACGAUGUCAGAUAGAAUGUCCUCAUCAUUUAUCACGUCAGAUGAAUCACCAUCUUCAUCGCAGAGUACGAUGUCAGAUAGAAUGUCCUCAUUAUUUAUCAAGUCAGACGUGUCCCCAUCUACACCACUAGAUACGAUGUCAGACAGAAUGUCCUCAUCAAAUAUUAACUCAGCUGUGUCACCAUCUCCACCACUGAGUACGAUGUCAGAUAGAAUAUCCACAUCAUUUAUCACCUCAAAUCUGUCACCAUCUACACCACUGAGUACGAUGUCAGAUAGAAUGUCCUCAUCAUUUAUCACCUCAGACGUAUCCCCAUCUACACCAAUGAGUACGAUGUCAGAGAGAAUGUCUUCGGCAUAUAACAAGUCAGAUCUGUCACCAUCUACACCACUGAGAACGAUGUCAGAGAGAAUGUCUUCGUCAUAUAACAAGUCGGAUGUGUCACCAUCUACACCACUGAGAACGAUGUCAGAUAGAAUUUCCUCAGCAUGUAUCACCUCAGAUCUGUCACCAUCUACACCACUGAGAACGAUGUCAGAGAGAAUGUCUUCGUCAUAUAACAAGUCAGAUGUGUUACCAUCGACCCCACUGAGAACGAUGUCAGAGAGAAUGUCUUCAUCAUAUAGCAAGUCAGAUGUGUCACCAUCUACACCACUGAGAACGAUGUUAGAGAGAAUGUCUUCGUCAUAUAGCAAGUCAGAUGUGUUACCAUCUACAUCACUGAGUACGAUGUCAGAUAUAAUAUCCUCAUCAUUUACCAAGUCAGAUGAAUCACCAUCUUCAUCGCAGAGUACGAUGUCAGAUAGAAUGUCCUCAUCAUUUGUCAAGUCAGACGUGUCACCAUCUACACCACUGAGAACGAUGUCAGAUAGAAUUUCCUCAUCAUUUAUCACCUCAGAUGUGUCACUAUCUACACCACUUAGAAAGAUGUCAGAAAGAAUGUCUUCGUCAUAUAGCAAGUCAGAUGUGUUACCAUCUACAUCACUGAGUACUAUGUCAGAUAUAAUAUCCUCAUCAUUUAUCAAGUCAGACGUGUCAUUAUCUACGCCCAUGAGUACAAUGACAGAGAGAAUUGUCUCAUCAUUUAUCAAGUCAGACGUGUUACCAAAGUCAGAACGUUUGUCAUCGUCAUUUUUGCAGUCAGCUGUGAUUCGAUCUACGUCUCUGAGUGAAAUGUCAGAGAGUAUGUCAUCCAUUUUAACUGAAACAGCAGCGAGCUCAUCUAUGCAUCCCACUUCAAUGUCAGUAAGGAUGUCAUCAUCAGUAACCCAAUUAUCCAUGACGCAACCUCCUGCACAGAGUAAUGUGUCAAAAAGAAAUUCAUCAUUUCUAGAUCAGUCAUCUGUGAUAAAAUCGAAGUCAAUAAGUACGAUGUCGGAAAGUAUGUCAUCCUCAAAUAUCCAGUCAGCUGUGACAUCAUGGAAAUCACUGAACGAGAUGUCAAAGAGAGUGAUACCAUCUUCACCACUGAGUUCGAUGUCAAAUGUAAUGUUUUUAUCCUUCAUCAGUUCGGCUGUGUCACCAUAUUCGUCACUGAAUACAAUUGGAGAGAGAAUGCCAUCAUCAUUUAUCGAUCCAGCUGUGUCACCAUCUACACCACAGAGCACGAUGUCAGAGAAAAUGACCUCAUUUAUCAACUCACCUGUGUCACCAUCUACAUCGAAGAAUUUGAUGUCAUUUGAUGUGAAAUCAACAAAACAUGAGUUGGCUCCUGGUGAACAUUCGACUUUGUUUCCAUCAGAGACGACUUUUUCAGGUGAAUUGAUAUAUUCCACGGAAUCUACACCACAACUUUCAGAAACAACUAGAACAAUUGCGGUAUCAUCGUUUGCAUCUUUGGUGAGCUCAAGAAGUGACAUUCUAACCCAUUCAGAACUUGCAUCUGAUAUGACAUUGCCUACCAAUCGUUUGAUGAAUACAUUGCCUGCUGAAACAGUGUCAAUUAUUCAAAAGUCGUUGCUUCAGACAACACAGUCGACAGUGCAGUCACAACCUGACCCUUAUGAACAGAUUUCAGUAAAGACGGUGACCACUUCAAUUCUGCCUCUCAUGUCGUCAGCCACUGUUGUACCCUCAACAGCGUUGAUGACUGCCUCUGUAACGCAGACAUCAGGGUUGCCAGUAACACUUGUUGUCAGUAGCUCCACAGUGACUCCACUUCCAAAGGAUGAGGACAUCAUGCUGCAAAUUCGCAUCCAGGUUAAACAGAAAAUCAAUGUUACAACUGAUGCAUUCAGGGACGACCUAACAGUCGGACUGGCGGAAACAUAUGCUGAGGCUUCAUCGGAACGACGAAAGCGAGACAUCCAUCUUAUAACCCGACGCAAACGACAAGAUAAUAUUCAAGUUCAGAUUACAAAUAUAACGCGGAAUGACGUUGAAGACGGUGUUGACGUCGCAUUUUAUAUCCUAGAGGAUGGAUCAGCGGUGCCAGCACAAACUGCCAAAGAAAAAUACAACCGACUCAGUGAGGUGGAGACAAGCGCUAUUCUAGGCUAUCCGGUUUUAGAGCCAGUGUCCUUAGCGCUGAAGACACCUGAAACAGAUCAGCCAGAUACAGGUGGAUUGUCCGGCCCCUUGACCAUACUCCUAAUUGUUGUGCCUUCUGCCAUUGUGGUCGUGCUAACACUCAGUUACUUCAUAAUGCACUAUGGUGACCAACCACGGACCGGCACGUUGGCCUCGGUCAAGUCUGGCCACAGCGGAUCAGGUCAGAAAAGUGAGUCGCUUGCGGAUCAUGACCUUGUGAUCGAUAUGGAGAAAGGUGACAUUGUCAGCCGUUCCUCAGUCGACAGUGGAAGGUCGACGGCGCGGAAGACGUCAGCCUGGUUGAGGACAAUGUGGAACGACUAUGACCCUGACGUCACGGACGUCAAACAACCAUGUGACGAAGUGAUUGACGAUAACUGGGAUACAUUAAGUAUGACACUCAAGUCGAGGUCCUGGUCUCUAAAAAGCUACCCUUUCAUCGACAAUGAUAUAAAGACAAAGCGUACGAACAGCAAGGGGAAAAUGCAUAUUUUUGAACUUCCGGAUACAAAUCUCGAUGAGGUGUCUCAAAAAAGUAAUCCAGAUCUUCAACGGUUUGAUAUCAUAGGCAAAACAAAAAAUCAUAUCAAAGGGCUUCAAGAAACAGAUCUUGGUCAGAAGACCUUUGAUAUUGCCAACUUACGGAGUACUGAAGACACGAAAGUUAUGCAGCAAGAUCAGGCAGAUAGGAAGAAGGCAAGGACUAGACAAGAACCUAAUGGCAACGUUAGAACUCCGUUAGUAGACAUCCCUGUUACCAGUAUUAGAGACAGGGAACCGUAUGUAGGAAAGAGACAAAAGCGUCAAUUUAAAACCAAUUCCAGAAGAAAUUGGAAACGUAGGAAAGCCUUUAAGCACACAUACGAAGGUUUUACAAACAAAUUCCGACCUGAUCCAUUGGCUACCAGUACUUUACAGAACAGUUCCGUUACAGAUUAUGGUACCACUCCUAGUGGUGAUCGGUUUGAAAUAGCGUCAACAUAUUUUGGACCAUCUAUUCCAUAUCAGAAUGGAACUUCUGGAGUAUCAAAUUUCGAAGGAUUUUCGACUAAUAUCAUAUCAGAUCCUAUCUCCACUAAUUUAUCAUCAGUUGAAGCUCGAGUUAUUCCUUGUUCAACAUUUGUUGGGGACAAUGCAUCUGUUCAGUUCGAGGCACCGUGUACGUACUACGGAUCAAACAUUCCAAAUGGAAUCGGAACUUCAGCAGUACGCGGAGAGCAGAAUGGGGAACAGGAUACACUACCUUUAAGAGCAGUUCGUUUUGGAAGUAUUGAUGUUAUACCUGAGCCAGAGUCACUGGCAUUUAUUAAAGGUUCGAGUGAAGAACAUGAUAAUCAAACAAACAUGCAUGUUACCGAAUUUGCAACAUUUCCUAAUUCGACAAUUCUUGAAAAUGAUGAAAGAAAAGAGGUUCCUGGAUAUCCCAACUUUGACGUGAUGGUACCACAUACAAACCUCGACACUGAACAGCUUUUAAUGACUGACGAGUAUAGGAAAGCAGAGUAUGGAUUUUCUAAUGAAAUAUUCCAACAUUAUGAGCAGACGCCGAUAGUUCGUCUACAAGAAAGAGAAUCGCAAGAUCAAUAUUACUUUGCGUUCGAUGAAAGUCAGGCACAAGACCUUCCUUUGACGAUCACUGAUGAUGCUGUGUACAUUGCCGAACACAACAACAGACAAAGGGACAAGAGAGCCAAUCCCCAGCAUACAGAACCAUUGUAUGCGAAUCAUUCUCAUGAUCGUCUUUAUAAGGACGCUGAGACAGGUCGGAUGUGGGGAGGAGGGUUCAACAACUCACAGCUGUUGAACCUCGGUGACAUGAGCAAACACAGCACACCUAUACAACCUACAUAUGUACAUCUGUCCGGCGUAUCCAACAAUAGUUGUACCGAGGAUGUUGAUCUGUCGCUCGACAUCGGGGGACGCACUGGGCGUGUACAAGAUAGAGCAGAACGAUCAAAUAAAAACAAUCAAAAUUACGAUGACAACUUCCCAAAGGGGGAAACCACCAAUAUACAGCAAUAUGGGGUCGAUAUACAUCCAGCAGACCACACCGGAAUACAAUAUUACAACACAGGACAACCAACAUGGCCGAGUCGGCAAUCAGUGGAAUUUAUAGGUCUGGAGGACGAUUAUCAAAUUGCCGAAACUAGAUUCCCAUCAUUUGAACCUGGAUAUACGCCUAACAGCCAGGGAACAAAUCCCACCAUUGUCAUUUCACAUGUACCACACCAGCGCGAUGAUCCGUAUGUGAUGUUCCAGGACGAUGAGUCUACCCACAACUUGAGAAUAGAGGGUGUAGAAGAGAAUGAAUCAAGUACAGAGGCAGACCCAGUGAUCGGUCAACAGCAGCUGACCAGUGGACAACACCAGAGUGAGUCCGGCCACUACAGCCAGCAAGUGACCAAUCCUCAAGUCCCAAAGCCAAACACUAAGGGACAUCCACAGAGCCAUCCAAACAUGGAGGUAUCUGCAGGACAGUUUGAGAAUGUAGCCAAGAUGAGUCGUCUUGCUCUCUCGUCUGGAGGAAGUGCAAGUGAAAAAGCCGCACCCCCUGUGAAGGUGCGGCCUGUAUACUAUACUCCAGGGUCCGAGUCUCCGGCCUUCAGACACGUGCACAGUGAGUCAGAUUCCAGGUCCGACGCCAGUACCCCACGACCCCCACGACCACGUGGGGACAGGCCAAUGUCAGGCAGGGAUGGGCAAAGAGUGUUCUACAGGGCCCCUUUCACUGGCGAGCCAGGCAAAAUGGAGGAAUAUUCAAUAGAAGAUAGAGCAGGUCUAGAAAAGUGGAGAAACAAACAACGCCAGAGGGAAUUCAAACAGAGGCUCUCCAAGGAGGAGCUGGAGGACGAGAGGAAGGAAAACCGUCGACGCCGAAUUCUGACUCGUCGACAGCGUGAUCAGCUCCACCGCGGACACAACGAUGACCUCUAUGAAGCUUAUUCUGAUGUAGAUGCAAGAUAUGGAAAUCGGAACUAUGCCUCGUCUCGGAGCGGUUACUCAACACCCGGAGGCAGUUGUGAUGAAAGAAACCUUGGCCGCAGUAUGAGGGCAGCUCCACGACACGUGCGACCAGCAAAAGGAGGGUCAAGGCCAUCCUCAGCCUCGAAGGACAAGGACCUCAUAGAAAUGUUAAACAGACAACAGCACAUGAUGUUACAACAACGUGAACAACGUCAUCGAUUCCUGGAGGAUCAGAAAAUAAAACAACAUGCUCAACAGGUAGUAAACCGCGCUCUUCUCCAGGACAGCUUCGACGAGCGCAAAAUAAACAGUAAGGACACGAAGGAAAUGAAACAAUUACUCAAUGAUGCCUUUCCAUUGGCUGGAAAUGCGCAUGAACAUUUAUUAUCAUCCAAUGGAAUUGUAGACGAUACGAGAAAAUCUGUUGAGGGCGAUGUUACCCCUACUAAUUAUGCGUAUCAAUCACAGACAAACAAGUCUGGUUCAAACACGCCUAUAUCAGCCCUGGACCAAUUAAUGACUGAGGGGCGUGUCUCCCAUCAGUCUUCACGGAAAAAUAGUUCUCAGGCCGACAACGGAGAUUUUUUCGAUACAGGUAGAAAGGACCUUCCAGAGGAAAAGAAUGAUGAGGCUGAAAAGACAGAGAGCAGCGACGAAAAGCUUCGUCAGGAAGGCGAAGGGAAAUAUAUGCAAGCUAUCCGUGAUGAGCUUCAACGUCUUAAUACCUCAUAGAAAAAUCUAGCCGAUGAACAUUUGGGGAAUAUGAUUUAAAAUCUGUGUGAAUUAACCACAUCAUGAAGUUGUAGUUAUAAUGUUCAAUUUAGGCUUCUCUUGUGCAUAAUCAUCAAAAGACAUUAAGAUGUUUUAAUUUUCCUGUAUUCUUUUUUCAUUUUUUGAAUGAUUUUAUUAAAUUCUAUAAUUGCAGAAACAUUGUUCUAAAUGUAUUAGAUAAAGCCAUUAGUACAUUGUACGUUAAUAAAACAAUACACGUGUGCCAGGUAGCAUAUACGGUCCACAUCUGCCAUUGUUUUGUAAAAGAGAAAAUGUUAACUUUCAAUGACAGACGAUACAUUCCUUCAGCUAGAGCAAGUAUUAUAUAUUUCUCCUCAAGUUUAUCAUAAAAAUAAUGUGAAGCAGUCACUUCUGAGAUAGACUAUAAGGCAAAAUAACAUUCUGCACAUUUAAGAAACCCUGUUCUCUGUAAGGAGUGUUGGGAAUUUAUGGACAGGCAGUAAAAGUGGAACAGCGUAUCUAAUCCACUGUCUCAAACAAUGUCUGAGAAAAUGUCAAUGCCAAUAUAUAAUCAACCUUUCCAGACAGAAUGUGAAACAUUAGUCAGCAAUCCACCUUCCCAGAUGAAGAAUGUGGGGAACAGGGUAUCGUAUCCACCUUCCCAGACAGAAUGUGGAAUGGUGUAUCGUAUCCACCCUCCCAGAAAAUGUGGGAUGGUGUAUCUUAUUGUCUUUCCCAGAUAGAAUGUGGAACACAGUCAAUACUCAACCUCCCUGGGUAGAGAAUGUGGCACUGUAUAUCUCAUCCACAUUCUCUGAUGAUGGUUUGAAUCCACCUUCCAGAGAAUGUGGAAUGGUGUUUCCUAUCCACCUUCCCAGACAGAAUGUGGAACACUUCCACACUACUCCACCUCCCUGGGUAGAGAAUGUGGCACUGUAUAUCUCAUCCACGUUCUCGGUUGAUGGUUCUUAUCCACCUUCUGGUAUGCAGAAAGAUGUCUCUUUUCAAGAUAGAAUUUGGCACUUUAUGUCUGAUCCACUAAUCCAGAUAGAGAACGUGGCACAGUGUACUUAACCGCAGAAAGAGAAUGUUGUAUCGGAUAGAGAGUUGUACAUAAGUAAUCAAGGGUGACUAAUUUAUUAGGGGGUCGUCUGAUCCACGUAUUCUGUGAUAAUUGUGUGUAAUUAAUUUCUGGUCAUAGGUGUAUAUGUGUAUGUGUUAUAGUGUACAAGUGCAGGAAACAUUUGUUGGUGUAACAUAUUGAAUCGUUUUAACUGACACGCUGUUAAAAACAUAUUGCACUCAUUAGAAAACACGUUGAUACAUUUUGUUCAUUUGUAAAUUUACGAAAUGAUAAAUUCUUUAAUUAUACAUUUGUAUAGCGGUUUAAAAUAUUUUUUUAACUAUGUGUACCUGUUGUGUUAUUUUCCUUCACUUUAUUUUUUACAUGUAGGUUUGAUAUUUGCAUGUAGGCAGGAUAACCUUGCAAUUGUUUCAGAAUUUUGAAUAUUUAGUUUUUCUAUUUUUUGUCAAUUAAAUUUAAAUGUUAUCUUUCAGUUUCUGAUUUGAUAGUGCUAUCAAAGUGUCCACAGUAAUACUUCGCUGUCAAUCAAAGUGUCUGCCCAUACAAGUCCAAAGGGAGACAUCAUCUUCGGACACAACUUUAUGACAGGCUCCAAACUUUAUGGUAACUUUGGAAACUGUUCUGCAAUCAAAUUAGAUCUUCUCCUGUUGAAUAUUCAUUAGGUAGAUGAUUUAUAAUGUAGAAAUUAUGUGACUUGUAUUUAUUUGGACUAUUUGUUUUUUGAAUUUAUUGAUAAUGACUCUUAACAUGGUGUGUGUACUACAAAAUUACCAAAUAGAUUGGUUAUACCUAGAGCACUAUUUCUGUUUUGUAAACAGAUGCCAUAAAGGUAUGAUCUAUAGAUAAAUUUUGUCAUAUAUAAGCUACUCACAUUACGAACUUAUGUCCAUUAACAAUAUUCAUGACCAGAAAAUAUACAAGAUUUUCUUUUGGUAGAGCCCUUUUGUAAUUAAGAUGCAUGAUAGAGUUAAGUAUCAUAUAUACUUAAAUAUGUAAAAUAUGAAGUGUUCCAUCUCCCAUCCACUUAUCACUCCACUGAAAACUGUGCAGGGAGAUAACUAACUGCCCAGUAAACUUGUUGUGACAUUAGAAUGUCGGGUAUCAUAUAUUAUUUGUAUAAAAUUAUAUUUUCAAAUGAAAUUUAUCGUUUAUCUUAGAAUGCAUGGUAUGUUUAGGGUGAUGGUAUCAUCAUUUUGAAUAAGAUACUUAACCAUUACAUAAAUGUAUACUUUCCUGAAUUAAUGGACCAUCUUAAACUCAAAAUCACCCAGAAUUGCUAGUGUAAUCUCAUGCAUUGUAAAACAGUGGAAAUUUUCCUUAGUACAAAUUUUAAUCAAAUUUCUAUUGUCCUAAAUUGCUGAUGCUGAAUAAUUUAUGAAGAUAUUUACAUAAUCACUUAAAAUCAUGUUUUCUUCCCAUUGCUUAAACAGCACACACUAUACACCAAGUAUGUAUAUGCCCCUCAGAUUAUGUUUCAAUGAUUUUUGAAAUGGUCCAUCAAGUUAGAAUCAAGUUAAACAGAAAAUUCUAAAUGUAAUCCCAUCCAAUACCAUGUACCAACACUAUAUUUCUGUCAGCUGUGUUUCUUACCAUGAUACACAUAUAUAAACUGUAGUUUUGUAGCUCAAAACAAUGUUGAAUACAGGCAUCAUGGAUGUAUCACCACGGAAUUAGAUAAGUCCGUAGUAUCACAUAAGACUUGAUAGAGUGUUUGUACUGGAUUAUAGAUUCAUUUUCACCGUGUUUUAUUGUACUAUACCCUUGCUAAUAAUCUGGAAUUGCUAUUCGAAAUUUUAAUUUUAUUUCUCCCCUUUAAUAGUAGUGUUCUGUUGUUGGAAAUUACUUUUAUGCUUGUUUGACUCACUGAUUGAAAUAAGUUGAUAUUUUCAUAGAUGUCAUUAAUGCGAAAACAUAACAUUAUGAUUAAACUAAAACCUCAUUAUAUUGCCAUCCUUAUUGUCAGGUAAAUUUUCGGCGUUGUAAAGGGGUUUAGCAAUAGAUAAGGGGAGACAUAUAAAUGAAUUGCUUUGAAGAAAAUAAGGAUAAAAGACCCUGAAAUAUUUUGGCAGUAUUGAUGUUUUGCUGUAUUUGGUAUCGGUGCAUAACUUGACAUUUAUAUGGUAGCGAACUUGCUCAAAGCAAUCAAGAAAAUGCAGAUCAUGAAUUUUGUCUCAUAACUGGAAAAAGAUUCAUCAGGAUGUCUGUCUCAUAUCCUUUUUAUUUGUUACAUUCAGAUUUUGUACACUGCUCCUUCUUCAUAUAGUUUUUACAAUAAAAGCUUCACAAA